CAAACGCAUGCGCAGCUGCAGAGCUCGCGGUUUCGGAGUUAUCGCUGAGAAAAACACACACCCCAAGAUUAUAAAAUCAUGCCGAUUUCUUGUUCAGCUAUCGACUGCUCAAACCGCUUUGUCAAGGGAUCGGAGAUCAGAUUCUACAGGUUUCCAAUCAGUAAGCCUCAGCUGGCAGAGCAGUGGGUACGAAGCCUCGGAAGGAAAAACUUUGUUCCCACUCAGAACUCCUGCUUGUGCUCUGAGCAUUUUCAGCCCGACUGCUUCCGUGACUAUAAUGGAAAACUGUUUCUCAGAGAGGAUGCUGUGCCUACUAUUUUUACCAACUCUGGAGGAGAUGGCACCAAGAUUGAGUUAAGAAGAAACAGAGGGGGAAUAGUUGGAAAGGAGGUCAAUGAAUCCAAUGCUGCUUUCAAACAAAUGACAAAAGAUAGAAGACAACCCAUUAGAGACUCGAGUCUGAAGGGCAGAGGUCCAAAUGAGAGGAGACGAGCAGGGGGAAAGCUCUCAUCAGGUGACAGGCAGUCCCUGUCUGUCAAGAACAAGGUGUAUGACAGCAAAGGCCUGCUGAUCUCAUGUGGGAAGGAUCUGUGUGACUGUCUGGACAUAGACUGCAUGGGCUGCUUUUAUCCGUGUCCUGAGUGCGGCUCACGGAAGUGUGGCGUGGAGUGCAGGUGUGACCGAAAAUGGCUGUACGAGCAGGUGGAAGUAGAGGGAGGAGAGAUUAUUCGCAACAAGUUUGCUAAUUAGAAAAUCAGAUAGGAGACCAAGAAGACAUCACUUCUGUUUCUGAGAUGCGUGUGGACAUUGCAGAAGUAUUGGGUUUGCAUUGUAUAUUUUUUUACUUUUUUAUCUAAGGAUAGAAUUUAUUUGAAAUGCUUGUUGCAUUUUCAAUGUUUCUACAGCUGUGUUUUCUAUUUUAUCCUUCCAGGAUUUUCAGCUCGUUUUGUCAUUCGUAUUGUAUUAAUGUUUGUCUUUUCUCUUGAAAUUUCCUUGAACACAAAAAUAAAUGCAGAAUUUAAGUAAUGCGUUUAGUGCUGCAAUACUGUUUGUCUUUUCUCUUGAAAUUUCCUUUAAUGCAAAAAUAAAUAAAUAAAUGUAGAAUGCAGAGUGUUUAG